CCAGCACCAGUUCCAGCCUUGUCCCAGCUGUUAGCUGUUUACAUUUUGAUUUUUGACGUUCCACUAACUAAUAUCCUUUAAAAUCUAGAAAUUAAAUCGAUUUCAGCCACGGAAGGAUAACUCGCAUAUAGAGAGUAUCUACCAAAUUGAAUAAUAUUUGCGAUCUGCGAGGAAAUCCAAAUCAGCAAUCGUUGCAGAAAGAAGUCUAUUAUUGUAACCAUCACAGAGGGGGUCCCUUUGCACCACACCACUCUGUCACCCUCCUGUCCUGGCCCUAAGAUCAUCAAUAAUAUCAAACUAGAACGUUUUUAAAUGCAUAUUCAGCAUGAAGAGAAGGUCAGAUGGAACGGUUGUUGCUUUGACCCCUGGCCGUCAGAGGUUGUCAGAUGAAUUUUUCAAUCGCCCGUGCUUACAAGUGGCUGUUGAUCUUUUGGGAAAAACCCUAGUGCGAAAAUUAGAUGAUGGAUCUCUUCUUCGAUGCAAGAUUGUUGAGACGGAAUGCUACCUAGGCGUCACCGACAAGGCUUGUCACACAUUCGGAGGGCGUCGAACAGAGAAAAAUGCUCCAAUGUAUAUGAAACCAGGCACCUCGUACGUGUACUUUACUUACGGGAUGUAUCAUUGCUUCAACAUUUCUAGUCAAGAGGAAGGUUCUGCAGUGUUGCUGAGGGCUGCUGAGCCUUUAGAGGGCGAGGACACCAUGCAGCUGCAUAGACAGGCUAGUCAAAGAUCGGCGAAGGAGAAAAGCUACAAAACCCAUGAGCUAUGCAAUGGCCCUGCUAAACUCUGCAUGGCACUAGCCAUUGACAGAUUUACUUGCAACGCAAAAGACCUGACGUUGUGGCCAGAAAUGUGGUUUGAAGAGGCACCUAAACCUGAAGAAUGUGUUGUCACAUCUACAAGGGUUGGGAUUGAUUCCGUCGAAGAGGAAUGGAGGUUGAAGCCUUUGAGGUUUUACCUCCUUGGAAACAAGUCUGUUAGCAAGAGAGACAAAAUUCAAGAGGGUGUCAUUCCUUCGUGAGUGGAAAAAUGGAUCCUUUCUAUGUUAGUGUGUCAGCAGGUAAAUAAUGGAAAUUUAUUUAACAAAAAAUUGUGAAUAUUCAGCAAUGGUUCUAAUUCACUGAAAUAAAAACAAAUUUGAUAGAAAAA